AUGCCAGACUCCUGGACGUCCCAAAUGCCUGUGAAGAAUUGGCAACAAGGAGAAUGGCUGGGGCGUGCCAAAGAAAAUAAAUUCUCGAACCCCAGUGGACUGGGCACCAGCUCGCUUGUGGCUGAUACGCAGCUGCAGAUGGUUCCUCCGCCAGCUGCAGGGCUGAGGAUGCUGCAGCCCGAGAGCAUCAUCCCUGUCCCCGGAGCUCCGACGUGUCGCGAAACCUCCAAAGCCAAGCGGCCGUCCGGGUUUUGGGAUACGUGGAGUGCCAUUGUUGCUGUCCUGGGACCGAUUCCUGGUUUGGAGCUUGUGUUGAAGGUAAAACAGCCAGUUUGCGUUGAGGCGCGCCAGAAAGACACGGUUCAGACGCAACUGGUCACACCCCUGCUCCGUGUUUUAAUGAGCACGCAAAGCUUCCAGCACCAAGACGUGAACUAUCCCCCAUUCCGUUGCACGCCGGGCUCUCAUACGACCAACCCUACGAUUCGAACCCUCUCCCGAGAUAUACGACCCGAACGCAUCGAACAGAAGCAGAAGCGGCCAGGGAUCACAUCCCCCAUUUCCUCCCGCAAGGAUGCCGACCAUGUGGUUAUCGGACACGCAGAUGAGCCCCCAAGCCAGCCUACGCCAUGCGCGUGCGGCCAGAACGGGCUGGAUGGACAGGAGACUGACGGACGGCCCUGCGCAGGAGGUUUCUUCCUGAUAGGCGGCGUCAUGCUCUUCUUUGACCGAGCCAUGCUGGCCAUGGGCAAUAUCCUCUUCCUGAUCGGCCUCACCAUCAUCAUCGGCCCGCAAAAGACGCUGCUCUUCUUCGCGCGGCCGCAGAAGGCCAAGGGCACGGCGGCCUUCUUCGGCGGCCUGCUGCUGAUCCUGGCGCGCUGGCCGCUGAUCGGCUUCUGCGUCGAGCUGUACGGCAUCAUGGUGCUGUUCGGCGACUUCCUCGGCACCAUCGCCGGCUUCGCCCGCAACGUGCCCGUCAUCGGGCCCUACAUUGGCGUGCUGGUCGACCGCAUGGGCCUGGGCCGGCGCAACGCCGAGCUGCCCGUGUAA